UCGGAGUCGCUUCCGAAGUUUGCGUUUUUUUCUUCUCUCUUUAUUCAGAAAUUAUUUCUCCUCCCUCUCUGAUUGUUGAAAGAUUUUUGCUUUUUUAGGGUUUAAAUUCAACACCCUUUUCACGAUUUGGUACAAAAAGCCGUUUUUCAUCUUCAAAUCAGAAAACCCCCCCUUUUGGGAAUGUGGAGAAAAUUCGCUUUCUGUUCUUCAAAUUGAUCUGAUUUGAAGACUCUUUUGAGGAAUUUGGAGAGAAAACCUGUUUUUUCAUAAUCAGAUUUGAAAACCCAUUUCCGGGAUUUGGGCAAAAACCUGUUUUUUCCAUCACCAGAUUUGAAGACACUUUCCAGGAUUUUGGGGGCAAAACCUUUUUAAAAAAAAAAUAAAAAAUAAAGAACCAGAUUUGAAGACCUUUCUUUGGGACUAAGUGCGAAAUCCUGUUUCCAAAAACUCCAGAUUUGAAGACCCUUUUUCUUCUUUUUUGUAUUUGGGGCGUAAGCUUUUGUGUAUUUUGAUUUGGAGAUAUUCUGGAGUUGGCGUUUGGCCGUAAAAUCCUGAUUUUUUUAAUACCUUAUUUUAUCGAUUUGAUCGAUACGAAACCCAUUUGACUAUGUGGCGUGGGAGAUUAUGAUUUGUGGAGAAAAUUUAUCCCUUUUCUGUUGAAUUUUGAGGAUUUCCGAUUCUGAUGAAAACCCAUUUCUUUCUUUGAAUACAGGCCGCGAAUUGUUGGAAAUUUUUGUUUGGGGCAAGUCCUGUAAGUGGGUUUUCUGCAGAAUUCGAUUUCCUGUUUUCCUUGAAUCCUUGCGAGAUUAGGUGAAUUUGGAUCUAGAUAGAAACCCAUUUCUUGAUUUUGGUCGUGUCUUGUCUUCAAUUGGGGAUUUUGCAAAUUGCUUUUUGCAGGAAGAGCCUCAAAAUCUGUUCUUUUUCCCUUUUGGGCGAGAACCGUUUUUCAACCUCUCUAAAUGGAUAUCAGCAACGAAGCAAGCGUCUAUCCAUUCCCAAUUGGCCCCUCUACAAUUGUGGGGCGGACAAUUGCGUUUCGCGUUCUGUUCUGCAACUCGAUGGCGCAUUUCAGGCAUCAAAUCCUCAAUUACCUGUGGGUUUUGCUCUGCCGGUUCAAAGACUCUGUGAUCCCAGUAAUCUCCUGGUUCCAUCCCCGGAACCCGCAAGGCAUCCUUGCAAUGGUCACCCUCAUCGCAUUCCUCUUGAAGCGAUACACGAAUGUCCGAUCACGUGCUGAGUCGGCCUACCGCCGGAAAUUCUGGCGGAACAUGAUGAGGAGCGCUUUGACAUACGAGGAGUGGUCCCAUGCAGCCAAAAUGCUAGAUAAAGAGACGCCCAAGAUGAAUGAAUCAGACCUUUAUGACGAGGAGCUGGUGAGGAGCAAGGUCCAAGAGCUUCGACACCGGCGGCAGGAGGGCUCUCUGCGGGACAUCAUUUUCUGUAUGCGGGCGGAUCUUGUGCGGAAUUUGGGAAAUAUGUGCAAUCCUCAGCUCCACAAGGGGCGGCUUCAAGUGCCCAAACUCAUAAAAGAGUACAUUGACGAGGUCUCAACGCAGUUGAGGAUGGUCUGUGAUUCGGAUUCAGAGGAAUUAAUGUUGGAAGAGAAGCUCGCAUUCAUGCACGAGACGCGCCAUGCCUUUGGUAGGACCGCGCUUCUCUUGAGUGGUGGGGCGUCGUUGGGAGCUUUCCAUGUUGGCGUCGUGAAGACAUUGGUGGAGAACAAGCUCUUGCCUAGGAUCAUUGCCGGGUCCAGCGUCGGGUCCAUCAUGUGCUCGGUUGUGGCCACACGAUCAUGGCCCGAGCUCGAGAGCUUCUUCGAGGAUAACUGGCAUUCAUUGCAGUUCUUCGAUCAGAUGGGGGGGAUUUUUACCGUCGUCAAGAGGAUUAUGACGCAGGGGGCUGUGCACGAGAUCAGGCAGCUGCAGAGGCUGCUGAGGAAUCUCACGAGCAAUCUGACAUUCCAGGAGGCUUACGAUAUGACAGGCCGCGUCCUCGGGAUCACUGUCUGUUCACCGAGGAAGCAUGAACCUCCAAGGUGCCUUAACUAUCUGACAUCACCCCAUGUCGUUAUAUGGAGUGCGGUGACAGCUUCUUGUGCAUUCCCAGGCCUUUUUGAGGCACAGGAGCUGAUGGCGAAGGACCGAAGUGGGGAGAUCGUUCCGUUCCAUGCCCCAUUCCUGGUGGGCCCUGAGGAGGGGCUGGGUACGGGUCCUUCAGCACGGAGAUGGAGGGAUGGUAGUUUGGAGAGUGAUUUGCCGAUGAUGCAACUGAAGGAGCUGUUCAAUGUGAAUCAUUUCAUUGUUAGUCAGGCGAAUCCUCACAUUGCACCGUUGUUGCGGCUGAAGGAGCUUGUGAGAGCUUAUGGUGGCAACUUUGCAGCCAAGCUUGCUCAUCUCGUGGAGAUGGAGGUCAAACAUAGAUGCAAUCAGGUAUUAGAACUCGGCUUUCCGAUGGGUGGAAUUGCCAAGCUGUUUGCUCAAGAUUGGGAGGGCGAUGUCACAGUCGUUAUGCCUGCUACACUUGCUCAGUAUUCGAAAAUUAUACAGAACCCGUCUUACGUGGAGCUUCAGAAGGCUGCGAAUCAGGGAAGGAGAUGCACUUGGGAGAAGCUUUCUGCUAUAAAGGCCAACUGUGGUAUCGAACUUGCAUUGGAUGAGUGUGUUGCCCUUCUCAACCACAUGCGCAGGCUAAAGAGGAGUGCUGAGCGGGCCGCUGCUUCGCAUGGGCUAGCUCCCCCCAUUAGGUUCAGUGCCUCGAGAAGGAUCCCUUCGUGGAACUGCAUCGCACGAGAGAACUCAGCUGGGUCACUCGAAGACCUCGCAGAUGUUGCUGCUUCAUUUCAUCAAGGGAGUGGUCACAUGAGUGGGCCGUCCGGCCGUACAUUCCGUGUCUUCCGCAAUGCACAUGAUGGAAGCGAUAGUGAAUCGGAGAGUGCGGACCUCAAUUCUUGGACUAGAUCUGGUGGGCCAUUAAUGAGGACAACUUCGGCAACCAAGUUCAUUAACUUUGUCCAGAGUUUGGAUGUAGACAUGGAGAUGAACAGGCCAUGGACAAGGGAAGAUGGCAUGCAACAUGCAAAUGCAGAUGAGAUGGAUGGUAUGCCAACUUCCUCCAACUCUAUCACAAUUCAAAUAGUCGACAAGGAUCCUUAUUAUAACAGUUCGAGGGUAACAGUAAAUCCUGAUCGAACUUCAGAGAUUCCUGAUUUGGAAUCAAGGGACGUUGGUAGUAGGAUUCCCACAACUGCAUCCAUUUUGGUUUCAGAAGGAGACCUGCUGCAGCCCGAAAGGAUUCAUAAUGGGAUUGUCUUCAAUGUGGUGAAGAAGGAAGAUCUGACACUUGCCAGGAGUCCCGAUGCGGAUCACUACCAUGGUUCUCCUCACAGUCCGGUUGCUGAGUCCAUCCAAAAUAAGGAAAUGGAAAGCUAUAAUGCCAGUUUGGCCUCUGAUUGUGGUGAUGAUGAUGGAGUGGUCUCGAAUUGCUUUGGUGAACUGACUUCCCAUUGUAAUAAUGCUGAUCAAACUGUUUUAGAUGACGAUAGUACUGGCCGUGCUGUCAUGGAUAGCUGAAUAUUGAAAAUCUCAGUAUUUUGGAUGUGGGUUGAAAGAAUAAGGGCCAGCUUGUACAAGAAUGUAGUAGUAAGGACAGCCCAUUGACAGAAAUAUGAUAUAUAAUUUCAUACUGAUACGGUUCAUACGGAUAACUGAGGUUACUUCUCAUUCUCAACAUUGCCCACCGCUCAGAUGGUGUAAAGAGGGACAGCUGUGAUGCUUCCAUUGCCACUGUAAAGUUACUGUUUCCGAUUUCUCUAUUUAGGAAAGCUGCAGAUCUUGAUUAAUUUGUUUUGGUGGUAGAUUUUUACAAUCAAAAGCAUUCUUACCUUGCAAUGAAUGCUUCUUCUCUGUUGUAAUUGUAUCAUUUUUACUUCCAUAUGAACCUAAUUUUUAGAAGUGUA